UCUCUUUCCCUUCCAUAUUUCUUCAUUUCUUAGAAUCGAAGCAAACUGCUAAUUCAUCUCCAGAGAAUUAAGAUUAAUCGCGUUGAUCUCUUCCCCUUUUGCCUCAAUGGCGGGAAGAUUCGGAUUUGGUUCUUCGGCAAAUGCUGUGAUGACCAUGACCGUCACCAACACUCCAGCUGCAGAUCUAGCGCUUACGAAUUUUGCUUAUUGUUCUGUUUCAGAUCUUAAGAAGUUUUCGGUCCCUGGAUCUAAGCUCCAUCUUGCAUUGGUGGCUGAUGUCUUCACUCUCUCUCUACGUGCCCAUGAAAGCAUACGUGAUGGUUCUAUUGCCUUGAAUGCUAUCCAACGUCGUCAUGCUAGAGUUUCUACUGGGGACACAGUAUCUGCGAGCAGAUUUGUCCCACCUGACAAUUUCAACUUGGCAUUGCUUACUUUGGAGUUGGAGUUUGUGAAGAAAGGAACAAAAAGUGAACAGAUUGAUGCUGCUCUUUUGUCUCAACAACUUCGGAAGAGAUUUACUGACCAGGUCAUGACUGAAGGGCAAAGGGUAUCAUUUGAAUAUCAUGGCAACAACUAUAUAUUUACUGUAACUCGUGCUAAUGUGGAGGGUCAGGAAAAAUCUAAUGGCCCUGAAAGAGGGAUGAUAACAAGUGAUACAUAUUUGGUUUUUGAAGCAUCAAAUGCCAGUGGCAUAAAGAUUGUUAAUCAAAGAGAAGCUGCCAGCAGCAACAUCUUCAGGCAGAAGGAGUUUAAUCUUCAGUCACUGGGUAUAGGUGGUCUAAGUGCAGAAUUUGCAGAUAUAUUUCGAAGAGCAUUUGCCUCUCGUGUUUUCCCUCCACAUGUGGCCAAUAAAUUGGGUAUCAAGCAUGUCAAGGGAAUGCUGCUUCAUGGGCCUCCUGGCACUGGAAAGACUCUUAUUGCUCGUCAGAUUGGGAAAAUGUUAAAUGGAAGGGAUCCAAAGAUUGUUAAUGGGCCUGAAGUUCUUAGCAAGUUUGUUGGUGAAACUGAAAAGAAUGUACGUGAUUUAUUUGCUGAUGCUGAGAAUGACCAAAGGACUCUAGGGGAUCAGAGUGACUUACAUGUUAUCAUUUUUGAUGAAAUUGAUGCUAUCUGUAAGUCAAGAGGAUCAACUAGAGAUGGUACCGGAGUUCAUGAUAGCAUCGUGAACCAGCUCCUUACUAAGAUAGAUGGUGUGGAGGCUUUGAAUAAUGUCUUAUUAAUUGGGAUGACGAACAGAAAGGAUUUGCUUGACGAAGCCCUUUUGAGACCUGGACGUUUGGAGGUUCAUGUUGAAAUAAGCCUUCCUGAUGAGGCUGGUCGUUUACAAAUUCUUCAAAUUCAUACAAACAAGAUGAAAGAAAAUUCCUUCCUUGCUGCAGAUGUGGACCUUCAGGAGCUUGCGGCCCGGACUAAGAACUACAGUGGAGCCGAACUUGAAGGUGUUGUAAAAAGUGCGGUAUCAUUUGCCUUGAAUCGGCAACUAAGCCUAGACGAUCUUACUAAGCCAGUUGAUGAAGAGAGUAUAAAAGUAACCAUGGAUGAUUUUCUUACUGCAAUUCAAGAAAUUCGUCCUGCAUUUGGAGCCUCCACAGAUGACCUUGAACGCCGCAGACUUAAUGGCAUGGUGGAAUGUGGUGAACGGCACAAGCACCUCUAUGAAAGAGCCAUGCUACUAGUGGAGCAAGUUAAAGUGAGCGAAGGAAGCCCACUUGUCACUUGCCUUCUUGAAGGCCUAAGCGGCAGUGGAAAGACUGCACUGGCAGCUACUAUUGGUAUUGACAGUGAUUUUCCCUUUGUGAAGAUAAUCUCAGCAGAAACAAUGAUUGGUCUUAGUGAAAGCAGUAAAUGUGCUCAAAUUGUCAAGGUAUUUGAAGAUGCUUACAAGUCACCAUUAAGCAUCAUCAUCCUUGAUGACAUUGAAAGGUUACUGGAAUAUGUUGCAAUUGGACCUCGAUUUUCAAAUUUGAUAUGCCAGACAUUGUUGGUCCUUCUCAAACGACCUCCUCCAAAGGGGAAAAACAUGCUGGUGAUUGGGACAACUAGUGAGGUGGAUUUCCUGGAUUCAGUUGGUUUCUGUGAUGCCUUCUCAGUCACUUACAAUGUUCCAACACUGAAGACAGGAGAUGCCAAAAAGGUUCUAGAACAGCUAAACGUUUUUGCACCACAUGAUAUUGAUGCUGCCGCAGAGGCCUUGAAUGAUAUGCCAAUAAAGAAGGUUUACAUGAUAAUCGAAAUGGCUGCCCAAGGUGAGCGAGGUGGGGCUGCAGAGGCCAUUUACUCUGGUAAGGAGAAGAUUGGCAUCAGUCAUUUCUUUGAUUGCUUGGGCGAUGUUGUCCGCCCUUAGUGCACAUGUUAUAUUGUAUAGACAAAAGAGUUAUAUAUUCAUUGCAGUACCACAGUUUUGUUUCCUACAU